AUGACGGAGACCGAGGAGUCCUACAAGGCCGCAGUGGAUGGGGGCAACUGCACCGUCACGGCCAAGGGGGAGACCUACAACUUCGCCCAGUUCCACGUGCACACGCCGUCCGAGCACACGAUCGACGGCCAGGUGUUCGACGGGGAGAUCCACUUUGUGCACAAGAAGGUGGACGGCUCGGCCGCGCUCGUGAUCGGCCUCUUCCUCCAGAGAACGGAUGCUGCCGACUCGGAGCCGGCGGUGGACGUCAUCGUGGACGCCAUGAGCGACGUCACACUCGACUCGUCGAUCCCUAUGACCCUAGGCUCGUACUCGGAGCUCAUCGGAGCGUACGUCGAGCAAGGCCACGUCUUCAACUACGCCGGCAGUUUGACGACCCCGCCCUGCACCGAGUUCGUGGACUGGUGGGUGGUGCGCACUCCCAUCCUGAUCUCGUCGGCCCAGUUCGACCGCAUCGAGGCGAACCUCGCCGAGCUGGAGAUCACGGACGACGGCAAGAACGCAAGGCCCGUCCAACCGCUCAACGGACGCACCGUCACCACGUACAACUAA